UUCACUUUUGUUUUCAUUCGAGUGUCCGCCUAUCUAGAUAAGGAAAAACGAGCGCCGCAGAACUCUGUGCUCUGCUGGAUCUGAAGGUGUUUUUUCCGUUGCAUUUUUGUGGCUUAGCCAGUGCUGCCAAAAGAAGUGUGAACACAAGUGAAGCAAGAUGAAGUUAUUCCUACUAGUGCUGGCGUCACUGAUCGCCGUCUGCCUAGCCGAACCAAAGCCUGCCAUCAACGAAGUCAAAUCGAACCAGCCCCAGCAGAAGCCGGGCCGAUUCCUAUCACUGCCGGUGCCGGAGAAAUGCGCGUCACGUCCGAAGGAGUUCAACUACCGUGGCCACAACUACUUCUACAGCGGUCACGUUCCCGCCCUGGCCGACAAGCGCGUCGACUGGCUAGAUGGUCGUAACAUCUGCCGCGAGUACUGCAUGGACCUGGUGUCGCUAGAAACCCAGGAGGAGAACAACCUGAUCUUCCGUCUGAUCCAGCAGAACGACGUGCCGUACAUCUGGACGGCCGGCCGACUGUGCGACUUCAAGGGCUGCGAGAACCGACCCGACCUGGAGCCCAAGAACGUCUACGGAUGGUUCUGGUCCAACAACCGCGAGAAGAUCCAACCCACCAACAAGAUCCCGAACGGCUGGGGCUACAACCCGUGGAGCAAGUCCGGACACAAGAAGAUCCCGCAGCCGGACAACGCCGAGUUCGACAUCAACCAGACGACCGAGUCCUGUCUAUCCGUGCUGAACAACGUGUACAACGACGGCAUCGGCUGGCACGACGUUGCCUGCUACCACGAGAAGCCCGUCGUCUGCGAGGACUCCGAGGAGCUGCUGAACUACGUGGCCGCCACGAACCCCGGAAUUCGUCUGUAAUUCCCCCUUCUCCCCCACCCUACCCAAACCACCCCCUCUCAAACUCUCCCUCCUUCUUUUUCGAGAGUUCUAAACUUAAGCCUCUCCUCGAGAUAACAAAAGCCGCCUUUCCCCCACACAAAGCAAAAAAGACACCAACACAAACUUUUUACUCACCACUCGCCGAGUUAGGAUCUUCUCAAAGAGAUACAAUACAUUUGAAGCGUUAGAGUUCAACCUGUUCAACCAGCCAGAUGUCGACGCCAACAACACCUUUUAACGACAACGCAAAUAACAACAACAACAACAACAAAUGCUGCGAAAUGUUAUCUAAAUGUAUAUUUAUUUUAUAAAUAGAUUUUUUUUAAAUAUUGCUCCUGUAACUUUUCAUAAGACUUUUUAAAUGCUGGAAAAUGCGAAAUCGUGGAAUUCAAAUGCAAAAACUAAAAUAAUAAAAAAUAUGUGCAACGCGCGAAAUUGUUACAGUAUAGUAA